AUGGCAGAAUGUAAAACACUGUCUACUCCUAUUUCUAAUUCAAAAGUCAUGGGCAUUGAUACAACCUUACAUGACGAUCCUACACAGUACAGGAGUUUGGCUGGUGUGUUACAAUAUUUAACUGUCACUCGUCCUGAUCUUUCCUUUGUAGUCAAUCAGUUGUGUCAACACAUGCAUGCUCCUACAGUCUCUCACUGGGAGCAAUUAAAAAGAGUUUUGAGGUAUGUUAAAGGAACUGUUACUUCUGGUUUUCUAGUCAAACAGUCAUCUUCAAGGGAAAUUCAUGCCUUCUCUGAUUCUGACUGGGUCGGCUGUCCAGAUGAUAGAAAAUCUGCAAGUGGCUUUGCUGUGCUUCUUGGUUCUAAUAUUGUGUCCUGA